GUAGUUGGCGUGAUGAAAUGUGGCCUGACAAAUGGACUGCGGUCACUGUUGACGGACUGUUGUCUGCUCAGUUUGAACAGACUCUGUUGGUAACGGAAACAGGCUGUGAUGUGCUGACCAAGCGUCGUGAGAAGAAUGGCCAAUUCCAUUUUAUGGAUCAGCUGAAGUAGCUUGCAUAACUGCCCACCCCAGUGAGUCAAUGCACUUCAGACUCUGCAGUAUCUUCACCUGACAGUCGCCCUGGUUCUUGGCAGAAUCAUUGCUUCAUUUUCUUCUAGUGUGGCAUUAUGACAGCAAUAAGGAGCUCUUGCUAUUGGAAAACAAUCUGUAUAAAUAUUUUUGCAGUCUUAGUUGUGGUGAAAUAUCUGAUUAUAUGUUGAUGAAUUUUGACUUGAUCCUAUGAAUCCACCUUUAUUAUGAAAAUGUUUUAUUCUGUUUAUUGUUGUAUUUGUAAUAGUGCAGCAUGUUUAUAAAAGAAACAAGUCGACUUGAACAUUUCUUUUUCUCUAUCUCCUUUUCCUCUCAUGAAGGUGAAGUACCAUAUUCUGAAUCAGAAUGCUGACAAAGCUAGGCGUUUUGGAAAACCCAGAGAAGUCGAGGAAUUAAAAAUUACUGGAAGACUUGAACACAAAUAGUGUUUUUUGAAAUUUCUUUCUCUACUUUGAUAUGUUACCACAACAGGUUUUUCUGGAAUUAUCACAUCUGGUUUGUUGGUUUCAAGCUCUAUUAUGAUAUGAGAAAUUGCAUAGGAUAUUGGUCAAUAUUUGCAAUGCUUUCUCUUCUAUUUUAUUCCGUGUAUAUGGUUGGCAAGACACAUGUGCUGUCAUCUCCUCUUGAUAUUAAGUUUUGAAUAGAAAACUAAAGGAAAUUGUGAUCUAUUUGGCCAAUUUUUUUUUUUUGUGACUUGCACAUUUUGUGAUGUAGAUUGAUUAAAGUGGCCACCUCCAAUAAUCACCAUUUUUUUGUGGAACCAUAUGAUUUUUCCAUAAGACAUGUAAAUAUUUCCUCUUUUCAGUGGUGAAUGGUCAGGCAUGUGCCAUAGAUCGAUUAGUUAUUUUGUCUUUUAUUAUGGUGUAAUCGUAGAUUCAAGUAAUAAAAUGUUACCAACAUGAGACUGACA